AAUUGCGUUAUUAGGCUACCUACGCAAAGUUGAAAAACAAUGAUGUGGCAUUCUGUCAUGAGGGCACUCAAGCCCUGUAUUCCAAAUACUCAACUGAGUCAGUUACAAUCAAGAAAUAACAUUCCAACAUGACUCUGAAAUGGCACGUGCUAUUCCCUUCGCUUAAUACGAGAAGCAGCUAAAAAAAGCUGUCCUAGAAUGCCAAUGCAAUAAAGGCGCGUAAAAAAAAAAGAAAAAAAAAAGAAGACAUUGACAAAGCGAUUCGUGAUUGAGGCGGAUUUGGAAAAAAUUGCCUCUCCAGCAUUUGCCCUUGGUGUCUAUAGGUAAAAUAAGCUUAGUUCAGCUGACUCUAUUCAUGAUAACGCCGUUCAAAAGUUUCCGAACAAAGAUGUCUGGUUGACAUUCGACUCUGGGAAAAAUAAAAGGGAUUAUAUGACCUCCUUCCCGAAAUGAAAUUCACAAGAAGAUGUGAAACUCUUUCCUGUUCCUCCAGGGUGCAGAUAAACUAAUGUGUUCUUUGAAUUUCCGUGAAAGCAACGUAAAGUAAGAAGACAUUGACUAAGUGAAUCUUGAUUGAAGGGGAUUUGGAAAAAUAGCGUUUGGAGCAUUUGGCCUUCAUAUCUACAGGUCAAGCAAGCUUUGGAUACCUGGGUCCAUCCUGGCUGAUGCAGAAGAAAUAUUGUCUUUGAAAAAUUAUUUAUAUUUACUCAUUGGCUCAUCAAGGUACCCUUAACAUUUUGGCUACUGUUAUCCCCAAAUUCGAUCAUCAAAUUCCCGUUCAAACCCUUCAAAUGUUCUUCAUUGCGUAACGAAGAACCUCUUUCCGUACUUGAUCUUUGCGUAGCCAUUCUUGUUGCUAAUGCGUCAUACACACAUGCCCCUAAGGCUAAGAGCUUGCAUAAACAUUCAUGUUGCCUAUAAACGCAGGAAUGUCUAAGCACUUAUUCAGUGUAAGAAGGGGCACGUAAACCCUUUAUACCAAGCUGCUUAUACAGUGGGAAAGCUUCCCUUUGAUUUCAAGAUAUCAAAUCAGUCAAUUCAUCAAAGUAUACCGACUAAAGUACUAAGUUCCUGUAACGGAUCUUCCGCUUUGAUUACAAAAUAAAAGGUAUCGGUUUAGAGCUUUUUAAAAUAAAUAUUAGGAAAAGCACAUGAUAUUUUGACGUAAACGAUUUUUCAAGUGCGACAUAGCAAUUAGUUCAAGUCGUAAGAAGGCUCUUUCGGCACGCAGUAGCUUAUAGUCAUACGGCUAGUCUCCCUGUAGCUUAAUCCGUAAGACAAACAGUGGAUAAUUUAUCAGGAUUAUAAACACUACAUAUAAAGCUCAUUGCAUAUUGCUAAAGAAACUGUUUAAAUAGGAUGAAAAUAAUUAUUUAAUUCACGGCUUUUGAUGAAGUUUUACUUGCCUUUUCAGUUACAGUUUGAUUUAACACGAUACGGGAGGUCUGAUAACUGGGUCUAGCAAUUAAAAAGGCGAUUUUUUCAGGCUGUGUUUGUCCUUUCAUGAGGCUUAAAAGAGGGGUACCACUUGCUUAUGUUUGGUAAACCUUUGUCAAGUCAGUAAGUAAAAACGCUCUUGACAAGGUCUUCGUCCACCUGCAUACGUGUCAAGAAGUGGUGCGUGAUAAACUCCGCUUAAGAAUUUGUUCUUUCCACGUCGUCACGAAAACGCUGAAAGUCUCAUCAUGCAUCAAAAUUCUGAUACGUGUUUCCGGUGUUUAAAGUUUGACCAAGUGGGCAAAUAGUAAUAGUUGUUAUUGUGGUUAAAAUAAACAGCAUGAGCCGUUUGAAAAUCCAUUCACUCUAAGAGACAUGCCGCUUACGAGUCAACACGUCACAUUGGAAAUAGACCUCCCACUAAAUUCUUCAGUAAAUAUCUUGCAUGCUACUUGAUACCGCUCAUCCUGCGCUGGCGACAAUUGAGAAGCUUGUCAAAUUCAAUCCUUUUACCUGGUGCCAUUUUUAGAAUGUCGGGAUGUCAUGAUAAGUUAUCUCUUUGACGAUGGAAAGGUACUUGGGUCAGCGAUUCAUUAUCCUCGCGCAGUUCGCUUAAGGGUGUUUUGCCGCGCUCGCGAAAAUAUUCCCGAAGACUAGGCAAAAGGAAUCGUGUUCCACAAAAACAUCGCUACGCAACCUUCUCCGUCCAAAGUAUAUUUUUGAGGAAAGGUUGUUUAGUUAAAAGUUGCAGUCUGCUGAUGGCAAGGUAUAUACGCCCCGGCAGAGUCCACCCUGCCAGCAGAGCUUGGACUGUUGAAGAGACAAAAAUUCCACAUCGACCUAACUCGGCGAUCUCCCAUCGAAGAGAAUCCUUCCCAAGAAAUUUGAUCGUAAAUCCAGCCUACAAACAACCACAUUACGAUCCGUUAGAUUCUGCUACAGAAGAGGACAUGGUGCCGACUGUGAUGGAAGCACCACAAAAUAACACCGUUCCUCGCCGGGUAACUAAACGAGAGAACAUAAACUUGGUACGGCAAACCGAAUGGGACGUAAAAGGCACGAAGACAGAGAGUCUUGUCCAAAGAAACACGCUUAGUAAACCAGUCAGUGUCCUGUUAGGAUUAGUGUGUUUCACAUCAUGUUUGUCUCUCAUUUUGACCCUUCUCAUCCUCUCUGGCUCGAUUGAGGCAGGAAGAUGUUCUUGCGGCGACAAUGAAGAGCUUGGCAAAAAAAGCGCCAUGGAGGCAAAUGAUGUACAGUCGGAGAAGUUAUCUACAAAUAUAUCUUCGCUGAACCAACAAAUGGUGAUGCCUUUAUACAUUGAUAUUUUCAUUAAAGAUGGUAAUAGUUGGGUUCUAUACUAAAGCAUUUUUCUCGCUAAU